GAAUCGUCACAUUCGCCCCGCACACCCACACGCAGAACGCUUCUGCCUACAGCCUUGGCAACUCGCAAUUCCGGCGGGCCUACCGCUUCAUCACGGUGGCGCUCGACCACGCCACCACGGUGCAGUACAUCAUGCAACUGAUUUCCAAGGGCAGGCUGGACGAUGUCAACCUCUGGCGUCAGGCCAACAUCUUCUGGCGAAGCCGACCCAUGGACCCACAGGCCUGCGUCCUCGACGUGCUCACUGGCGACGACCCGUCAGCCGGGUCCGCGCCCUUCUGGGGACCCGUCCCAGAGCAGCGCGUCAGCCGCCAAAGGUCGAGGUCCGCAGCCCGGCUGCAGCACCUCAGCAUCCUG